AUGGGUUUGACAUUCUCGAAGUUAUUUGAUCGUCUCUGGGGAAAGAAGGAGAUGAGAAUCUUGAUGGUCGGUUUGGAUGCUGCUGGUAAAACUACAAUUCUGUAUAAGCUUAAGCUUGGUGAAAUCGUCACAACUAUCCCAACCAUCGGUUUCAACGUCGAGACUGUCGAGUACAAGAAUAUUCAAUUUACCGUGUGGGAUGUUGGUGGACAAGAUAAGAUCAGACCUCUGUGGAGACAUUACUUUCAAAACACCCAGGGUAUCAUUUUCGUUGUAGACAGCAACGAUCGUGAUCGUGUGGUCGAGGCUCGUGAGGAAUUGCAGAGAAUGUUGAACGAGGAUGAGCUCAGAGAUGCCAUCCUUUUGGUCUUUGCCAACAAACAAGAUUUGCCAAACGCCAUGAACGCCGCAGAAAUCACAGAUAAGUUGGGUCUCCACAGUUUGAGACAACGCGCCUGGUACAUUCAAUCUACUUGCGCUACAUCUGGAGAUGGUCUUUACGAGGGUUUGGAAUGGCUCGCAACGACUCUCCGCAAGACUGGUCACAACUAA